GAGGUUCUUCCUCCUCCCCUGGCUGCUGUCGUUGUGUUGCGGGACAGGGAAAAAUUCGCUUUUUUUGGCCAUUUUUUGCCUUUUUUUGUCCUUUCUUCUACCUUUUUGCGCGAGUUUUUGCAGCGCUGCACGCGGGGGAGCGCUUGGAGCUGCUUUCAGCGCUCCCUUCCUCUGCUCUGCGCCGCGAUGGAGGCAGCGGGACCAGCGGGACCUCCGCGGGCACGGGAUGGCGGCAGGGCCCGGAAUGGCGGCAGGGGCCGGGGUCGCGGCAGGGCCCGGCGGCACACGGUCCUUCCUCCUCUGCAGCACCCCUUGUUGCCUGCCCCUGGCUGCUACUUUCCCAGCCACAAGCUGCCCUCAGAGGACCCGUGGAGAUUUUGGCCCUUGGAGGCUACAGAGGGGAGGCUCCUGACAUAUGGUUGUGACGCUGCCUGUGGAGGAGGAGCACAACAACGAGGACAACGAUUCUGUGAUGGAGAGUAAGUGCUCUGAGGCAGGUGUGCCCGUUGUGCUGCCCUUGCUGGCUGCUGAUUGCCACCCACCUGCGAGGUUCUUCCUUCUACCGUGGUUGCUGUCUUUGUGGAGCGGUCUUCUUACCAAGUGCAAGGCUAGAAGAGUUGCGGCCUGGAAGCUAUACGUGUUCGUCGCCAUCAGUCUAAUAGAGUUCCUGGUUUUGAUUUCCAUUAUCAGUGUGCGCUCCCAGGUGGUUUCGGGGCUCAUCCCUGCAGCCCCAGCUGCAGGGCUCUCUCAACGUGCGUGUUCCUGCCCCCCUUCGUGGAUCGGGUUCAAGGGGAAAUGUUUCUACUUCUCCGACGGGGAAAAGAACCAAACCUUGAGCCGGGCUGACUGCCACGCGCGCAACGCCAGCCUGGCCGUGAUCCAGUCCAGGGAGGAGCUGGACUUCAUGAUGCGCUAUAAAGGUUCUCACGACCACUGGAUCGGGCUGAGCCGCCAGAACCCGAGGCAGCGCUGGGAAUGGGACGAUGGCACCGAAUUUAACAGCUCAUUGUUUCCCAUCGGAGGAGGCGAGGAUUUUGCUUUCUUGAACAACCAAAGAGUCACCAGCGCGCGCAGCAGCGGCGAGCGGCACUGGAUCUGCACCAGGCAGCCCUGAGGCCGGCAGACAGGGCGCCUCCAGGUCUCGUGCAGAGAAUACCGCACACCUUGGUGCCCUGUCAGAUAUUUUGGGGAACUGACAAGACCAGGGUUCAUUCCUCAGGCCUGCAGGUGGUGUUUUGUCAUAGCUGCUGCUCCUGGAGCUUUUUCAGGUUUUCUGUCUGCUACUAUGCAGUUCCCUUGCUUCUGCAAAACGUUUUUGUCAUCUCAAACUCUUGUGCACUACAUUUUUGCUUCGUCUUUAUCAGUGCAUAGCAUUAGGGUGGCAGACGCAAGGUUGUAUUAGGAAAAGUAGCAACGUAGCAUGUCGUGUAACUGACAACAUAUACUCCAUUUCCUUUUUAACUCUUCAAACCCUUUUCUAAGGGCACUUGCACUUUUUUAGCAGAGGAGGAGGAGCAUUUUAAAUUACAGUGUUUUUCCAAAGAGGUAUCAGUAUUGUGCCCAGGCAGAAACUAUCACAGAAUGGAUGGGAAUAUCUCAAAAAAUGGUUUGGGCUGGAAGAAGGCUUCAAGAUGGUCCUGUUCCAACCUCACUGCCCUGGGCUGAAGUCCCUGAGCUGCUGCAGGGGGUGGAAAUCAGCUGUAACCCAUCACCCCUGCUGGUGCUAUCCUGAGAAAUGUGAACAGCAGGUGUGUGGCUGUGGCAGGGAACAACUUCCCACAGUUACAAUUCCUCCUGUACUCGAAGAAACUCUUCACGGGCUCCCAGGCUGGAUGGCAGUAGCAGUUGAGUCAGGUAUCCGUUAAUGUGAACUGGUGCCCGUGGAGAGAAAUGGUGCCUUUCUCUUGCUUUUCUGCUCCUCUGUAUCUUUGUAUUAUAUCAACACUAUUUUUCUAUGUGCUGUUUUAAUAUAUGUGCAAUUUCUCAAUAAAAUAUUUUUCCUAA